GUUUUAAAUAAUAAUAAUACGGCGAAAAAAAGGGGAAAUUAAGGGGAAAAAAAAGAGCUCUUGAAGCUCUCAACUACCUCUGAUGGCAUCGACAGCCACAGCCCGAGCCGUUAUCUUCUCCCGCAUCACCGCCUUGUCAGCCAAACCCCUUCCGCCUUCUCUCUCUCGCUUCCUCCCCAACCGACGCAACCGUUCUUCUUCUGCUGUAACUGUGAGAUGCUGCUUAAACGGCGGCGGAGUCUAUGACGACUACUUCGUGUCAACGCACAAAUCGAAUUUAGAUCGUGGAUUCUUAGUGAUAGCUAAUAUGUUAAAACACAUCGAACCUCUCGACACUUCCGUUAUUUCCAAGGGGGUUUCUGAUUCCGCUAAGGAAUCGAUGAAGCGGACUAUCUCAACUAUGCUAGGGAUUCUCCCAUCUGAUCAGUUUUCCGUUUUGGUUUCCCUCUCGAAACCUCCUCUUCAUCGGAUUCUCUUCUCCUCUAUCAUCACAGGGUAUACGUUGUGGAACGCGGAGUAUAGGGUUUCCUUGAUGAGGAAUCUAGAAAGAGCGGCGCCGGCGGAGGAGUUGGCUAAGGAGACGGAGGAAGACGCUAGGCGGCAGCAGAGUGAGGUGGUUGAGGAGAAGAGGGAGGAUAGAAAGAGUGGAAGUGGUGAAUUUGAAGAGUUGGAGAAGAUAAGGCCGAGGGUUUUCGGGGAUUUGUCGCCUGAGGCUUUGAAGUAUAUUGAGAAUCUGCGGGCUGAGUUAUCUGAUUUGGAGGAGGAACUGAAUGCCCAGAAGAAGGAAAAUGUGCGAAUAGAAUGUGACAGGGAAAACAGGAAUGAUUUGUUAGAGUAUUUACGAUCCUUGGAUGCGGACAUGGUUAUGGAGUUAUCCCAACCAUCAUCAGUACAAGUGGAGGAAAUAAUCCACCAGCUUGUUCAAAAUAUACUGCAAAGGUACUUUAAGGAUGACCUUAUGAGAGAUUCAGGGAUGGUAAACACAGGAAAUCAUCAAGAUGCUGCCGAUGAAAAUUGUGGCACUGUUGGCACUUCCCGUGAUUACCUUGCAAAGCUGCUUUUCUGGUGCAUGCUAAUGGGCCAUCAUUUGAGAGGCUUGGAAAACAGGUUGCAUCUAAGUUGUGUUGUUGGAUUAUUGUAAAGUAAGAAUUAUGACAAAUGUAUAUAAUUUUCCUUUUUGGCCCGGUGUUUUUUUGGUUAAUCCGAUAAUAUACAUUCUUUUCCAUUAAAGCAAUUAAUGAUUAUGACAUCAAUUUUCUUCAGCAUGCUUUCACAGAAAUAUUGAUUCAUUAUGAGAACCUUUUGAAAAAUCUUUGAUGAAGUAACCAACCUAUUUGCAGUUGUGUCGCUGAGUACUGUCCCUAAUAUCAAACCCUAUUCAUUUGAAAUUGUUUCUCCCCAUAUAUCAUCUACAUCGCAUUGUGAACCCAGGCAUGAACGUUUGCAUGUUUAUCUCAAAUUCUUUGCCUAUCUGGGGCAGGCAGCGAUGGAUGCUUUGUUUGAUGUUUGUAUUCAAAGUUUCAAUAUAAUGAGUCCCUUCAAUUCCUUUUCUGAAAAGGAUUAUAGAAGUAAUGCUGCAUACUUAUAACAAUCCUAUGCUCUUCAGUAGGUUUGUUUGACAGAAGUUUGAAUUUGAAAUACAAGAACAGGCAAAAAAAAGCCCCUAAAAGAUAUCGGGCUUGUGGAAUUGGUAACUCCAUUGGAUGAGCAAGAAAAGAGGGAAGCUUCAAAUUGUGUAGUUUAUGGUGCUUCAUGGAUUCCCGAAUGGUAGAGUAAAAACUGAGAAAUGAAGAAAAUAUAAAGAGGGGAAUUCCAGGAGUUUGAUUGCAUAAUUUUGUUUCAUCAGAUUCUUUAUACUAUCUACCUCACGACCAUUGGAAAUUUCAAUGGAAUCUACCAUCAGGUUUUUAAAAUAUAGAAUUACUCAAAGUAACCAAAAUGGUUUGCAAAAAAAAAAAAAAAAAAAAAA